CACGUCAGCUUGAAGAACAUUACACCGUAUAGUAGUAACAUGAAGCAAAAGCACCAACGUCUUUCAAAUGCAGCAUCCGACCUUCCAUAUCGGGCAAAGCCUUCGAUCCCGAGCCGCUCGGAGAGCUAGAGCGCUUACUUAGCACACCGUCUACUACGUAUUCUGCUGACAUCUGAUCCUGCCCAGGCCAUACUUGGACUGUUACAAUGGACCAAGACUCUUUCAGGCAACUUUUGCAUUCAGCUGGUUCCGCUGCGAGUCCGCGUAAUGUGCAGCCCACUGCGACGUCCAAGGGCAAGGCGAAGAAGGCAGAUGCCUCUCAACCAGCCUUCAAGCCCCGGACGAUCAAAAAGUCCGCGGCGAGCAACUACAGAGAUAGAGCAUCCGAGCGUCGCCAUGGUCUAGCAAGCGACUAUGCUCAAGUCGAAGCUCUCGCAGAGGACUUUGAACGCAGAGCAGCUGAAGCUGCGGAUGCUCUCGCUAAAAAGACCUUAGAAGAACAACGCAAGUAUCUGGGUGGAGAUUCCGAUCAUACUAUCCUCGUAAAAGGAUUGGAUUUUGCGCUUCUGGAACAAAAUAGGGCGAGAGUUGCUGCGAGUCAGAACGUGGAGGAGAAUGAGAGCUUGGAACAGGCAUUUUUGGAGGCGAAAGAGCAGGCUGUUUCGGCAACGAAUGGAGCUGGAAAGAAGAGGACAAGGGAAGACUUGGUUAGGGAGUUGAAGAACAAACGACUCAAAGGUAGCGGGACGGAGAGUCCAUUGUCUGCAGAUUCAGGUGCAAGGGAAUCAGCAACUGCGAUCGAUGAUGUCGCGAAGUUGGAGGAAGCAAAAAAGGCAGGGAAGUUCAAGCCGAUCGGUUUCAAACCUGUAGGGCAGGAUAAACACAAGAAGAAAGUCAAGAAAGUCAAGGUUGAAGGUACUCGUACGACUACUAUGACUACUUCGACAACUACGACAAAGAAGGUGAAACGCAAGGACAUUCUAUCUGUGGUUUCUUCCUCAACAACAUCCGCACUACUCAUUGCCGACCGCACUGCAACUUCCACAUCUCGACCUACCCAACCCACUCCACCUGCUGUGCCAGAACUGGAACCUCUCGAAGGAGAUUUGGACAUCUUUGCUGGCGCAGGGGAGUACGCUGGCGUUGACCUCGGCUCUUCCUCUGAGUCAGAAAACGAAGACCGAAAGCCACAAAAGUCGCGAUCUCCAUCACCAAUGGCAAUGCAGCCAAAGGGAUGGUUUGACGACGAAGGGGAUGAAGAGCGUCUGGGGAAGCCGAAAUCAGGGAGUCCGCUACAGGAUAUACAAUCACGAAGUAGAGAGAAAGAAGGCUCGCAGGAAGAAGGUGAACUUACUGCCUCACGUCGAUCACGGUCGCCUUCUCAUCCGCCCCAACGCUCCCAUUCACAUCACCCAGAAGAAGGUGAAGAACAUGAACAGUCACCGGAACCAGAGAUCCCAACCCGUUUGCAACCUCUUAGUUCCUCUGCUCUUCCUUCUAUUCGGGACAUGUUGGCGAUGGAUGAGGAAGCUCAGAAAGCUCAGAAACGUAAAGCACGGAAGGAGAAGGCGGGUAAAGGGAAGGGGGAGAAGAAAUUGGAUAAGGAAGGAAAGGUUGAACGGGAUUAUCAGAGGUUGAAGUCGUAUACGGAGAAGAAGGCUGCUGCCAAAAGUUGACCGGCACUCUUACCUUAUGAUUCUGUCAUUUCGGAAUAUAUACCUGGUCACAAACCUGGCCUGAAAAUGCAAGAUAAUAUUCAUUCUCGAGGAUCCAAUAUAUACGUGGUGUAAGACUGCCUCAUUGGCGGCUGGUUUGACUCCUGUGGAGGGGUUUGGAUGAGGGGGAGAUCUAGGGGAUGAGUAUGACAGAAAUGUCAUUUAUUGUCCGCCGCACGACCUUGCAGCUGUAACAAAAAAUGGUGUAUAUACAUAGCCUCCAGUACGCAGACCAAUAAUGGACCUACUGAGGUAACGGCUCCCCACAUGUAUAACCGCGAUUAGGCAACCCUCCAAUUCGCAUCUCAUACCAGACGCCUCAGUAUGAGGGCGAACACCAAGACAGCUUCAUUUGGUCGUAAUAUGGUGGUAGUACAUACAGUGAACUUCGUUUAUACUUUGCUUCAUCCUUCAAGAA